CUAGCGGGACCAUGAUAUUAGAGGAUGGUGGCAAAUCGUUCCUGCGCGUGAGCCUUGUGUGGAAGCUCGCGAUCCUCUUCGUUGCUGGAGUGCUUGGAGUCUACCUCUUCCUUUCGCGAGCCGACCAUGGCCUGAGCUACCAUAGCCUGAGGCUUGAUCCGCUUCUACAAGCCUGGAGAAAGGAGGAUUUCUGCCCCCAGCGAUUCGCCAAGCUUGAGUUUGCACAGCACUAUCCCAGGCCCAAGACAUACUCCAGGGGCGAAUGCGCUUGUACUCCUGUGCACAACUUUGUCAUCCUGUCCACGCAGCGAUCCGGAAGUGGAUGGUUUGAGACUCUGCUAAACAGUCACCCCAACAUCACCUCGCAUGGCGAGAUUUUUUCCGUUCGUCCGCGACGCCACAACUUCUCCAUUGUUUCGCACACUCUCGACGCUCUGUACAAUCUCGACUGGCACAACAGCGCUUCGAAGAACUCGUGCACGUCGGUGGUGGGCUUUAAGUGGAUGCUAAACCAGGGUGCUAUGGAGUAUCGCAGCGAGGUUUCAAGCUACUUCAAGAGACGAGGCGUUUCGGUGAUUCUUCUCAUUCGCCGGAAUGGACUCAAGCGUCUCAUCUCCAUCCUCGCCAAUGCCUACGAUCGCAGGCAGCCAAUGAAUGGAACUCACGUCUCACACGUCCACUCCGAAGAGGCGGCCGAUCUCCUCGCGUCUUACAAGCCGACCGUCGACGUCGCAUUCCUGAAGAACAACUUGGAUCGCUACGACCUCAUGAUCAAGAACGCGCUCCGCGCUUUCGAGGGCACCCGCUUGCUGGUCAUUUACUACGAGGACUUUGUCAAGAACCGAAAGGAGAUGCAACGAACCGUCCAGGAGUUUUUGAGCGUUCCAGUGAUGAGGCUGCGAAGCAGGCAAUGGAAGAUCCACCGGGGGCCACUCUCGCAGUCGAUAACCAACUGGAAGGAAGUUUUCCGGGAGCUCAAUGGAACUUCAUACCAGGGGUUUCUCGCCGACGACGACUAUAGCUGAUAGGAAAAAUUCGUUGUAUUCUUUUCUCCCCAUCCAUCGAUCUAACCUUUGCUGUAAA